GCAACAAUCAAGUUAAACAGUUGAAAAAUCGCAGACAAAAAACUAAAACCAAAGCUUGAUGCACAAAUGUUCGAAAAGCAAUUUUUGUGACAAUUGAAAUAAAAAAAUUGAUAGAACCUUGAUUGCGAAAUACGUGAAAUCACUUGGUUUAAUUGAUUGGCUGAAUUAUAUGCGAAUAUAAUAAAAAUAAUGCAAUUUAUGAUCACGAACCAAGUUUGUCAAGUUUUUUGCUAAACGGAUUUCAUGCUUCAGUUGCAGUUGGGAAUAACGAAAUACAAAAUACAAAAAAAAAAAACAGUUAAUGUGCAUUUAUUUUAAUUUGGACAAGGUCAGAAGCGUCAAACCAAUUAUGACCCCCACCUGGGUCUGGGUCCGGCUGUGUGUAUUUGGGAUUGCGACACUCCCUUUUCACUGCCACGCCCACUACAUACAAAUCGAUCAUGAGGAGUUUCGGGCCAGUGGUUACCCACAUCCCCCUUUGCCGCCGGCGCCAUUGACGCCCCUGGAAUUGGAUCAUCUGCCACAUUUGGUGGCCACAACGCCCUUAACUCCUGCCGAGGUCAUGGUGGAUCUUACCAAUGAUCUAACCCAUCGACUACUCCACUAUCAUUCCAUACUCAAUCGCAAUAAUUUCGCCUUCUCACCCACGGCAUUGGUCAGUGUCUUGGUGGCGCUCUAUGAGGGAUCCUCGGGACGCAGUGCCAGCGAACUGAGGAAUGUGCUGCAAUUGCCCAAUAAUCGAGACGUAAUACGUGUCGGUUACCGUGAUAUACACCGACGGCUGAGGACCUAUUUCUUUGGCUCAGAUAAUCCACUAAAGGGCCUCAGCUUAAGCCGGAGCAAUGUAACAGUUCUCAAGGACUUUGAGACAGUAUUGAUGUUUUAUGGCUAUGAUCUGAGCAUAGAUAUGGUAUCAUCAACGCCAGCCAAUGUCACAGCAGCUAACGAAGUGGCCAACACCACAAUAUCCAACAAUGCGACAGCGGAGGAGAUGCUGGCGGAGACCACAACGCCCAAAGAUGUGGAGACAACCACAGAACUGUCCACAACAACAGCAGCAGCUGAAGUAAUCACAACAACACCCACCACAACAACAACAACCACGGAGGAAGCGACAACUGCAACGGAAGCGGAAACAACGAGCACAGAAGCUGCAGCUGCCACAGAAUCCGGCGAGGCAACCGAAGCAGCUGGCGAGGAUGAGGCAGCGGAACUGGUGUCCGCCUUUGUGGCCGAAGAGGAGGCCGAACCAUUUCUACGCAUACAAAAGGCACGUGUCUCCAGAUUACCCACCAGUAAAUUGCAGGCGCCGCUCAAGCACUCGAAUCCCAUUACACCCAAGCCAAGUUAUCUGCCCAGUGCACGCGUUGCCGUGAUGCCCAUGAUGGCACGCCAAAUGACUGCUCCAGUCCAGAGAAGGACAGCAAAGACAACAACUCCAAAUCCAACACCAAAUCCAACUCCAUCUACUGCCUCCUCACGUAAAGCAAAAAUGGCUCGUCAUAAGAGACACGUCCUGGGUUACAAGGAUCUGGAUGCGAAUCUCUUUGUGGCACUGUUCAGUCCACAUGGACCACAUGGUGCAGCACAUCCGCUGCCCUUGCCACCCACUGCAGGAUUCGCUCACAUCCCCAACGACUUUGAGCCACAUUACAUCAGCGAUGGCGUCGAGGCAAAAACCAACUACAACACGGAUGUUAUAAGUCAUGUCUUCUAUCUGGGCAGUCAACAGGUGGUGCACACCACUUUCAAGGUCUACAAUGCUGUGCUCUAUUACAAGUACUUUGAGCACUUGAAGAUUAGCGUGCUGGAGCUGGAACUGGACACACCGGAGUAUAAUCUUAUGAUACUGCUGCCCGAUUACCACAUGGAUAUUGUGGCAGCUGCAGCAUCUCUCAAAUUGGGACCAACGUUGCGAUUGAUGCGCAAACAGCUAAAACCACGCUGGGUUCAGGCCAUUAUACCCGAUUUCAAGCUCCAUGGCACCAUGUUCCUCACCAACGAUUUGCAAAAUAUGGGCAUCUGUGAUAUAUUUGAGCCAAAUCGUGCCGAUUUUCGACCCAUGACUGAUGAGAAAGGCGUUUAUGUGCGACACAUUGAGCAAUCGAUUGACGUCAACAUUCGUACGCAUCCCAUCAAUCAACUGAAACGCAACACAGGCGCUCAAACGAAACCCAUACAGAUCUCUGUUAAUCAUCCGUUUCUGUUUUUCAUCAUCGAUCGAGACUUGGACGUGGCUGUAAUGUCGGGCCGCAUACUCAAUCCGCUCAACGUGCGCAUACAAUGAUCCACCGUGUGGUGCAGUGGUGCAAAACGAAGGUCAGCACAGUGGUGUUAUUGAAAGUGAAGCUGUCCCGCUUCCUGGUGAUGACUCCCAACAUACAAAGUAUAUUGUAAAUAAUGC